UCAGCCCUGGGACCUUCUUAGGGUUCCCUAAGUCUGAGAGCUGCAGAGGAGCUCACAGCCCAGACUCUGCUCGAAGACUGCUGUCUUUUCUGUCCCAAGCUGUCAGGCUGUGUUCUGAGAGAAGGUGGAGGGAAGGAGAGCGACCUGGGAGCACCAGACCAAGCCGUCCUGGUAACUGAGCCCUUCGAAUUUAGCUUCAAUGUACUCGGAGAUCCAGAGGGAGAGGGCAGACAUUGGGGGACUCAUGGCUCGGCCAGAGUAUAGAGAGUGGAAUCCAGAGCUCAUCAAACCCAAGAAGCUGCUGAACCCUGUGAAGGCCUCCCGAAGCCACCAGGAGCUACACCGGGAGCUGCUCAUGAAUCACAGAAGGGGCCUGGGUGUGGACAGCAAACCCGAACUGCAGCGGGUCCUGGAGCACCGUCGCUGGAAUCAGUUGAUCAAGAAGAAAGAGGAGGAGCUGGAGGCCAAGCGGCUUCAGUGCCCCUUCAGGCAGGAGCUGCUGAGAAGGCAGCAGAGAUUGAACCAGCUGGAAAACCCACCACAGAGAGAAGAAGACCAUGCCCCUGAGUUCAUCAAAGUCCGGGAAAACCUGCGCAGAAUCGCCACGGAGGAGAGAGCACUGUAGAGUUCCCUCUAUUCAGUUCCUGUCUCUCACUCUGACCUCCUGAACCAGAAGGCCCUGGCAUACCGUGAUGCCAGCAAGGCAGACCUGAGAGGCUGGCAAUCCCUGGGAAACUGGGGAUCCCCGCACCCCAAAGGGAAGUCUCUGUAGGGACUUUUCCUUCUGAGCACCUAGCUUUCCUGUGCUAAGAAGAAGCCACUGCCAGGAAAGACCUUCCCGAGGUGCCCUCCCCAAUCCCACUCACCAAGUGGGCUUCCCCAGCAGAAGUGGGAAGAGAGGCCAAAUGUCCUUCCACUCUGCCUUGGCUUCCCAACAGUCCCUGCUUUUGUGAGAAGCCCAGCUCCUAGUGGCGGGAACAUCCCAACUCUGGCUUGACCCGAGGCCAAGGAUGCCUUGGAAAUCACAGAGCAAAGAAAGGGCCUUUCUGUGGCAAGGAAGGGCAGGGGAGGUCACAGCAGGCUGUGGCCAAGAGGGAAGAGUCCUAACCAAGGCAGCUUCGGGCCUUGCUGGCUUGCCGCAAGCUGCAGCUUUUUUCCUCCGCACCUGUCCUCCCUGAAUUGCUAACCACAUCUCACCUCAGUGCUCCGGCUUCCAGCCUAGAACAGCACAUUGCCAACUUCACUGUACAUACCAUACACACAUGUAUGUACAUACAUGUACAUGUCAUACAAACUGGAGAGUCCUGGAAACAGUCCCCUGAAGGUGCGUGUCUAACACACCCCCGGGGAAGGCCCAGGACACUGGCUUGAGUAGAUAGCUAGACUGAAGCAUCCGAUUCCCUUGGUUCCCUGGCCUGGAGGGUCCCAGUGCCCGCUCUAAAGCCUGUAUUCAUUCGCUACCCAUAGACAUCCACGCCCCCCCCCCCACAAUACACACAUACAAUACACACGCAGGGACCCUUGGUCUGGAAAACUCUAGCCUAGCAAAUACAAAUGGUCUUGUGAUUGUAACUGCCAAUCUUCACUAUUUGCUGGCGUAACCACAAUGCCAUUCUAGCCAAAAAGAAAAAAAAAAUCUUAGCUUUUCAACUCUGAAAAUACAGACGGUAGUUUGAAGACCCCCACUGCCAUGGUGACAAAAUGGCUUCUUAGAGUCAACGUUGCCAGCCACUGUCACCUGAGACUCUCCCCCCAACACCCCAAGUCUGAUCAUCCCCACCUCUUCUUCCUCCAAAGCCCCUUCUUGUGCUUCUUGUGUGGAUCUUUUGCUUCUGCACUGUCUUGAAUACCUAUAGGAAGGCCUAAAUCCUUUCCCCUGAAGAAUGAAACCCAUGCCUCUGUUUUUAAGCCCUUCCCUGGUGGGAACAGCACUGCCAGAGAAGCGCAGAUUUCCCUGUGGGUGUGCUGGAUGCUCAGGCUCCAGAAAACAAUGGCGUUAGGAUAGCAGAGCGGAGUGUGUGAAGGCAAAUGAAGACUCUAUCUCUUGCCCUCAUGCUCUCUCUCAUGUGUAUUUUUCCAGCUCUCGCUCACAUGGAUGUGCGUGUGCGUGCAUGCAUGUGUCUGUGUGAGUGCAUGUAUGUGUGAGUGCAUGUCUCUCUCUGUGUGUGUGUGUGUGUGUGUGUGUGUGUGUUCCAGCUGUAAAGGUCUAAAUGAAGUGUACCUGUCUUAGGUAUCUGCUGAUGAGGUGUUAUGCUGAUGCGUGUUUCUUAAAUAAAGACAGUUUGAGGGUUGUUGCUCUACAGGUAUGUGCGCUGUUCUGACAUGUUCUGACACAUAAAGAGAAGCAAGACAGGGCACCAGGGAUAGAGUAGGACCACCCAAGGUCCUAGUGGUCCCUGGAGGAAAUGGCAAGUCACGGAGAUGACACCCAAAAGAAUAAAGGCCCACCGGGCAGGUCAUCCAGGAGAACCAUGGCAGACACUUUGAUGCUCUGUGACUCUGUUAGACCUAAUCCAUCUUUCUCAUCACCUCCCACCAGUGACUAUAAAUAUAGAUUCUCACUCUCUCAGUCUGCUCUGUAGGGUUUUGUGACCAUGUGACCAGGUAUGGCCAAUGUAAUUGAAGUAGGUGCAAGUCUACAGGAUCUACCAGAAAAUCAAUCCCAUGCUUUGCUGAGAGACUCCCUCUGCCUCUUCCUUCUUCUUGCCUGAUUGGGAUGUGAUGCCCGGAGCAUUAGCAAUCAUGCUUAACCUGAGGAAAAGGCCAAGAGAUCCAUAAGCCCUGUGAUCAUUUGACCAAGCAAGUGCCAACAGUUCUCCGUCUCUGAACACCUUGUAAAUAAAAAUAAACUCCUGUUUCUUAAAGCCAC